AACAAACAAAACUCGGUGUAGGGUCCAGCCAGAUUCGACAUAUUCACAAUUUCAGUCAAAACGAUCUAUUUCACGAUACAUCCCUUUUUAAUUAGGAUGAAGCUUCUUCUAGUUUUUGCUCUUUGUGCAACAUCAGCGUAUGGUGGAGUAGUGUCUACUACAAGUUGCGGCGGCGUCGGGACAUGGAGAGAACUUAGGAUUAACGGAUGCGAAGGAGCGAGUUGUAAUAUGCGCCCUGGCACACCGUUUGCAUUUGAGGCCGAUUUUGUGACUAGUUCGGCAAGUCCAUCCCUUUGUCUCGAUGUUACAGCAGUCUACUUAGGCUUUCCCAUUUCCAUAAUUUCUACCGAAUUGGAAAAUUCCAGUGUCCAGCCUGGACAGCUUUAUACGGUCCGGUUUACUAUAACCCCCAACGAUCAGCUAUCAGGAAAUGAGCUGCCAGUGUCAGCCUCAGUCGGAAGGUGUAAUAGUGGGCUCAUUGAAAUUUGUAGGACGGUUCGAGUCUAUGUCAUAUAAUUUAUUAAAUAGUAUUAACGGAAUCAACAAAGAGAAUUGAAAUUUUAUUAUAAAAAGUGUCAUUCAUUUAUCUAUGUAUGUAAUAUGGGCAUAAUGCAUAUAUGUUGCGUAAUUGUGAAAAAAUUACGAAUAAAAUGCACAUUAAAAUUUGUACUCA